AGUGUCCGGACUGGAAGGGGGUGUGAAAGUGUCCGGACAGGAAGGGGGGGAAAGUGUCCAGACUGGAAGGGGGUGACUGAAAAGUGUCCGGACUGGAAGGGGGGUGAAAGUGUCCAGACAGGAAAGGGGGGGAAAGUGUCCGGACUGGAAAUGGGGGAAAGUGUCCAGACUGGAAGUGGUUAAAGUGUGACAGCGCUGAAAGAUGAAAAUUGGCCUGGCAGCGGGGGGGGGGGGGGGGGGAUGGGGGGUGAAAGUGCCAGGAAUUGAAGUGG